UUUUCUUCAUGUCGUUUGACUUCUUCAUCCUUCCAUAAGAGGUUUCUCACAGACUUGAUGACCCCCUCCAGGGGUUGAGCUGCAGAGCGAUGAAUACAGGCUCUCAGAUCCGCCUGUUACUGUGGAAGAACUGGACUCUCCGCAGGAGACAGAAGACCCGCUUCGUGGUGGAGAUCUGCUGGCCGGUGUUGUUGUUCGUCGGUCUGGUGUGGCUGAGGAAAGCAAACCCGCUGUACCAACAGCAUGAGUGUCAUUUCCCCAACAAGGCCAUGCCCUCAGCAGGGAUCCUCCCCUGGAUCCAGGGGAUUUUCUGCAACGCCAACAACCCCUGCUUCAGAUACCCGACCCGAGGAGAGUCUCCGGGCGUCGUGUCCAACUACAACAACUCAGUGUUGGCGCGUUUCUACGUGGACGUCCAGGAGCUCCUGCUCAACGAUUCAGAGUUUCAGCAGAUCGGCCAGCUCUGGCAGGAGUUGUCGCAUUUCUCAAACUUCAUGGACACUUUACGCAGCAACCCGUAUGCGGUGGCAGGCCGUGGGCUGAAGGUAGACGAUAUUCUAAAGGAUGACGAGGUUCUCACCGCUUUCCUGCUGAGAGACGCCGGCCUCUCCAGCUCCAUCGUUUACCAGCUCGUCAAUGCUCAGAUACGCCUUGAACAGUUUGCAUUCGGGAUCCCGGACCUGCAGCUGAAAGACAUCGCCUGCAGCCAGGCCCUGCUGGAGCGCUUCAUCAUCUUCCCCAGCCGGAUGGGGCUGCACGGCGUCCGCAACGCCAUGUGUGCCCUCAGCCAGCAGCAGCUGCAGAGCAUAGAGGACGUCCUCUACGCCAACCUGGACUUCUUCAAGAUCUUUAAACUGAUGCCUCAGGUUAUGGACAGCACCUCCCAGGGGAUCGACCUGCAUUACUGGGGUCGGGUUCUGAAGGCUUCGUCUGAGAGGGUCCAAGCCCUGAUGCAGCAGCAGAGCUCUCAGGAGCUCCUCAAGGUGCUGUCGCCGCUGUUUCAAGCCGGAGGGCCGUCCUCCUUCACCCAGCUGAUGUCCAGCGUGUCCAGCCUCUUUUGCGGAUAUCCAGAGGGGGGCGGCUCCCGCGUCAUGUCCUUCAACUGGUACGAAGACAACAACUACAAGGUGUUCCUGGGCGUCAACGGCACCAAGAGCCACGACUACGUCUACGACGACACCGCCUCUCCCUUCUGCAACGCUCUGAUGCAGACGCUGGAGUCCAACCCCGUCACCAAAAUCGUGUGGAAUUCAGUCAAGCCCCUGCUGAUGGGAAAGAUCCUGUACACCCCCGACUCCCCUGCAGUCCACAAGAUAUUAAAGAGUGCCAACACAACCUUCGAGGAGCUGGAGAGGCUCCAGAACAUGGCCAAGGCCUGGGAGGAGGUGGGACCGCAGCUCUGGGCUUUCUUCAACAGCAGCGUCCAGAUGAACAUGAUCCGGGAUACGCUGUGGAACCCCACAGUCAUGCACUUUAUCGACGAGAGCCUGGCUGAAACAAAUUUCACCACUAAAGACAUCCUGAACUUCCUGUAUAACGGUCCGGAGGACGACAGGCAGACGGGGAUGCCGAACUUUGACUGGAGGAACGUUUUCAACUUCACCGAUCAGAUCGUCCGCAUGUUCAACCAAUACGGAGAGUGCAUUUCUCUGGAUAAGUUCGUCCCCCACACGGACGAGUCCCAGAUGAUCCACCAAGCUCUGUACCUGCUGGAGGAGAACAAGUACUGGGCCGGCCUGGUCUUCAUGGACAUGUACCCCUGGACCACCAUCGUCCCCCCGCACGUCAAGUACAAGAUCCGCAUGGACAUCGACGCAGUGGAGCGGACCAAUAAAAUCAAAGACAGGUACUGGGAUCCGGGUCCCAGAGCGGACCCCAUGGAGGACCAGAGGUACAUCUGGGGGGGAUUCGCCUACCUGCAGGACAUGAUUGAGCACGGGAUCAUCAAGCUUCACACAGGCAACGACUGGCCGCUGGGCGUCUACAUCCAGCAGAUGCCUUAUCCGUGUUACGUGGACGACCUCUUCAUGAUCACCCUGAACCGCUGCUUCCCGAUGUUCAUGGUGCUGGCCUGGAUUUACUCGGUGUCCAUGACGGUGAAGAGCAUCGUCCUGGAGAAGGAGCUGCGCCUCAAGGAGACCCUAAAGGCCAUGGGGGUGGACAACGGGGUCAUCUGGUACACCUGGUUCAUCGACAGCUUCGUCAUGAUGACGGCCAGCACGGCGCUGCUCACCGCCAUCGUGAUGGGUGGGAAGGUGUUGAAUUACAGCGACCCGGUCCUCGUCUUCUUCUUCCUGCUGACCUUCACCGUGGCCACCAUCAUGCAGUGCUUCCUGAUGAGCGUUUUCUUCAACAAGGCCAACCUGGCAGCCGCCUGCAGCGGCAUCAUCUACUUCACCCUCUACCUGCCUCACGUCCUCUGCUUCGCCUGGCAGGACCGCAUCACCAAGAACAUGAAACUGGCUGCAAGCUUGUUGUCCCCGGUGGCGUUCGGCUUCGGGACGGAGUACCUGUCGCGGUACGAGGAGCAGGGUCUGGGUUUGCAGUGGAACAACAUCCAGACCAGCCCGUUAGAGAAGGACACGUACUCCUUCAUGACCUCCAUCCUCAUGAUGGCUUUCGAUGCCGUUUCCUACGGAGUCCUGGCCUGGUAUCUGGACAACGUCUUCCCAGGACAGUACGGCAUCGGUCGCCCGUUCUACUUCCCGUUCCAGUCCUCAUACUGGAAGAGACCUUCACCGUCAUAUGCAGACAUGACUGCUCAAGAUCUCAGCAAACCCGAACCGGACAACCAAGAGAAGGACGUGGAGAGUCGAGGCACGCCGGAGACGUACACGUGCAACGGCUCGGCCAGCAGGAAAACCUGCAAACACCAGAGUAAGAGGGAGAGGCUGGAGCGAGAGAAGGAGAUCCUGAGACGACAGGAGGAGACUCCACACCAGGAGGAGAGGCUUCAGGACGCAGGAAAGGAAGGCCAGCUGUUCUUUGAGGCCGACCCCGAGGGCCUGCUGAUGGGGGUGCAGAUCCAGGACCUGGUCAAGGUGUUCGACGGCAGCUCUCGCCCGGCCGUCAACUGCCUCAGCAUUAACUUCUACGAGGGUCAGAUCACGUCCUUUUUAGGGCACAACGGGGCUGGAAAAACGACGACCAUGUCCAUCCUGACCGGCCUCUACCCUCCUACGUCUGGCACGGCCUACAUUAAUGGGAGAGACAUCACGACCGACAUCGACAUUAUCCGCACCUCUCUGGGGACGUGUCCUCAAUACAACAUCCUCUUCAAACAUCUCACGGUGGAGGAGCACAUCCUCUUCUACUCGCUGCUGAAAGGUCGGUCCCAGGCGGAGGCGGCGCGGGAGGUCGAGGACAUGCUGGUGGACCUGGGUCUGCCCCACAAGAGAGACGACGAGGCGCAGAACCUCUCAGGCGGCAUGCAGAGGAAGCUGUCAGUCGCCAUGGCCUUCGUUGGAGGGUCGAAGGUUGUCAUUCUGGAUGAACCCACUUCGGGCGUGGAUCCAUAUUCCAGGAGAUCCAUUUGGGAUCUACUGCUGAAAUACAGAUCUGGCCGCACUGUGAUCCUGUCCACCCACCACAUGGACGAGGCCGACCUGCUGAGCGACCGCAUCGCCAUCAUCUCCAAAGGCCAGCUGCACUGCUGCGGCUCGCCCCUCUUCCUCAAAAACUGCUUCGGAGUCGGGUUCUAUCUGACUCUCGUCCGCCGCAUGAGGGAUCUCAGGAAGAACGACUGCGACUGCGCCUCAGACUGCUCGUGUAACUGCUCCAUCUGCACCGGGUACAAAGAUCAGUCCCACAACCAGCUCCAGUAUCUCGACAGAGUUCUGGAAGGAGACAUAGAGAGCAUCACCGGCCUGAUCCACCACCACGUCCCUGAGGCCAAGCUGAUCGAGACAAUAGGACAGGAGUUGACCUAUCUGCUGCCGAACAAGGGCUUCAAGCACCGGGCCUACGCCAGCCUGUUCAGAGAGCUGGAAGAUACGCUCACCGAUAUGGGUCUGAGCAGCUUCGGCAUCUCCGAUACGUCGCUGGAGGAGAUAUUCAUAAAGGUCACUGCGGAUGGGGAAGCCGCGAAUAAUGCCACCACUCCUGAAGAAUGGAUGUUAAAGGGAAGGAAAAACGGCGGCAGAAUGAGAGCGGAGGGUGAUGAAGACCAGAACGGAGUAAACGGUGUGAACCACGCGUCCGACAGCAGCGCGGGAAAAGGAUCCAGGCAGGUGAAAGGUGCCAUGUUGACCCUGAAGCAGUUCCACGCUCUGCUGGUGAAGAGGUUCCAUCAUGCCACGCGAAGCCAGAAAGACUUCCUGGCACAGAUCGUGCUUCCUGCCAGCUUCGUCCUGAUUGCGCUGAUCUUCACCAUGAUCGUCCCUCCGUUUGGAGAGUAUCCCAGUCUGACUCUGAGCCCCUGGAUGUACGGACAGCAGUUCACCUUCAUCAGCAAUGAGCAACCGUUUGACGUCAAAAUGAAACGCUUCACAGAGCGCCUGUUGAGCCCGCCGGGACUGGGCACACGAUGCAUGGAGGGGGAACCUUUAGGAAUGCCUUGCGGGAACUUCACCGCGGAGUGGCAGUAUCCUGACGUCUCCCCCGUGCUCAGCAACAUCCUCCAGAGCCCCGAGUGGAGCGACAGGAACCCGUCCCCCUCCUGCCUGUGCAGCACCAGUCAGAAGCUGACCAUGAUGCCCAUCUGCCCCAUCGGGGCAGGAGGCCCGCCCCCCCGCCGGCGACUGGAGCCCUCAGGAGACACCAUGCUGGACCUGACGGACAGGAACAUCUCCGACUAUCUGGUCAAAACGUACCCCAGCCUCAUCAGAACCAGUUUAAAGAGCAAAUACUGGGUGAACGAACAAAGAUACGGAGGCCUGUCUGUAGGAGGACAGCUUCCAAUCCUGGACGUGGAUCCUAAAGACAUCCAGAGGGUUUUCCAUCAGCUGGGGCGGAUGCUGAACAUCACAGGGGGUCACUACAGCGGCCGAGCGCUGAGGGAGUUCGGCACUUUCUUACGAUACAUGGAGAGUGAAUUCAAUGUCAAGGUUUGGUACAACAACAAAGGCUGGCAUGCCAUGGUGGCCUUCAUGAACGUGGCCAAUAACGCCAUUCUGCGGGCGUUCUUACCCCCGUACGCCAAACAGAGGGACUUUGGUAUCACUGCUGUCAAUCACCCGCUGAACCUCACCAAAGAGCAGCUUUCCGAAGUCACUGUGUUGACCACAUCUGUCGACGCCGUGGUGGCGAUCUGCGUCAUCUUCGCCAUGUCCUUCAUCCCCGCCAGCUUCGUCCUCUACCUCAUUCAGGAGCGUGUGACCAAUGCCAAACACCUGCAGUUUGUCAGCGGGGUCAGCCCUUUGGUUUACUGGGUGGCCAACUUUUUCUGGGACAUGAUGAACUAUUCUGUCAGCACUGCGAUGGUAGUUGGCAUUUUCGUGGCGUUUGACAAGAAGUGUUACACUUCAACAACCAACUUGCCAGCUCUGAUCGCCCUGCUCCUACUUUAUGGGUGGUCAGUGACGCCCAUGAUGUACCCCCUCUCCUACCUCUUCAACGUCCCGAGCACCGCGUACGUCUCCCUGUCCUGCAUCAACCUGUUUAUUGGCAUCAACAGCAGCGCCAUCACUUUCAUCCUGGAGCUUUUUGAAAACAAUCGGUCUUUGCUGAUGUUCAACGAGUGGCUGAAAAAAGGCCUGCUGGUGUUCCCUCACUUCUGCCUGGGGCGAGGACUGAUCGACAUGGCCAUGAACCAGGCUGUUACUGAUGUUUAUGCCAGGUUUGGUGAAGAACACACAAGAAACCCUUUCCAGUGGGAUUUUGUGGGCAAAAACAUAGUUUUCAUGGCGGUGGAGGGCUUUAUCUACUUCAUUCUUAAUCUUCUGAUCCAGUAUCGGUUCUUCUUGGACCACUGGUUAUCAGAUUACAGGAGGACGGCUGUGAGGGAUGAAGACGAAGAUGUCGCAGCGGAGAGGCAGAGGAUUUAUGACGGGGGGAGUAAGACGGACAUCCUGCAGAUCAGAGACCUCUCCAAGACAUAUGUGGGCAGAAAGAGGGCAGCUGUGGACCAGAUUUGUGUUGGAGUCCCUGCAGGAGAGUGCUUUGGUCUCUUGGGAGUGAACGGAGCGGGAAAGACGACGACCUUCAAAAUGCUGACGGGUGACACUGAUGUGAGCGCCGGGGAGGCGACUGUGGCCGGUUACAGCAUCCUGUCAGAGAUCCUGGACGUGCACCAGAACAUGGGCUACUGCCCUCAGUUUGACGCCAUCGAUGAGCUCCUGACCGGCAGGGAGCAUCUCUUCCUCUACGCCCGUCUCAGAGGGGUUCCUGAGUCAGAGAUUCCCAGAGUGGCAGCGUGGGGCAUCCAGAAGCUGGGGCUGACUGAAUAUGCAGGCCGCUGUGCAGGGACUUACAGCGGGGGCAACAAGCGCAAACUCUCCACAGCGAUCGCAAUGAUUGGCUGCCCAGCCCUGGUGCUUCUGGACGAGCCCACGACGGGGAUGGACCCGCACUCCCGCCGCUUCCUCUGGAACGCCAUCAUGAGCGUCAUCCAGGACGGCCGGGCCGUCGUCCUGACGUCACACAGUAUGGAGGAGUGUGAGGCUCUGUGCACGCGACUGGCCAUCAUGGUCAACGGGACCUUCAAGUGUCUGGGUACCAUCCAACACCUCAAAUACAAAUUUGGUGACGGGUACGUCGUCACUAUGAAAGUCAAAGCAGCCAAAGCCGGUUUCUCCCCGGAGCUGGAGCCCGUGGAGAGCUUCAUGGAGAGCUGCUUCCCCGGCUGCGUUCAGAGGGAGAAGCACUACAACACGCUGCAGUACGAGAUGGAGUCGUCCUCCCUGGCCAGGAUAUUUCAGCUGGUGGCGGCCAACAAAGACCGGCUCAGCAUCGAAGACUACUCUGUUUCCCAGACAACACUGGACCAGGUGUUUGUCAACUUUGCCAAGCAGCAGACGGGAGAGGACGAAGACGUCACGUUAAACAGACGGAUAGCGGGCGCGAGGAAAGACGUCAAGAUCUCACCAGUCAAGAGGAAAACGUGAAAAAGUCACAAGUUGGUCAACACUGCAGUUUGUUGCUCUCCAAAUUUUAAACAGUCCAUGAGCCAAGCUGAUGUAAAUAGAGGAAAGAGAGGCCAGGUCCUCGCCGAAGUGACUGUCAGAAGAGAGAAGCUUUGCAUCCAUGGACAAACACUGAAAAUCAGAUUUAUUACAUGACAUAAUUAGAAUCUGUUUCAUUAUUCUGGUCUGCAGAAAUACUUUGAACUUAUGGAUAGAAUCCAUUAUUAACACUGCAAGUCAUUUUUCUAAAGGGUGAAAUUUUUUCUUUCUGCUUUCUUGAUUGACUGAUAUGUAUAAAUAUGUACAUAUUGUAAACAGCAGGAGUGAAUAAGGAGGAUAGGAUCAGUAUUUCUUUUUUUUUUUUUUAAUUCAUUGACAUUAAAAUACGCCCCGAAGCUGGAUGUCAAGUGUGUGACUGCUAAAACAUGUUUACUUUUGCUCUUUUCUCCUUUUUCUUUGUUGUAUAUUGAAACCAUUUCUGUCUGCCGUGUCUCAUUCGCCGCCGUGUCGCCCAGCGUCAGGAUGGAAAAGCAGAGAAAUUAACUCAGUUCAAGAAAAACUCGCCGAGAUUAAUGUAGUGAAAGAGGAACUCUUGUUUUGUACUUGAAGUUGCUUUAACUUACGUGCUCUCUUCUGUCCGUUCAU